AGGUGCGCUGGGCGUUUGCCAUCAUCUGAGGGGAGGGCGGAACUUCACUUAAAUACCGGAGACAUCACAGAGCACCGUCUCACAGCAUCGGUCUCACAGCUUCAGCGCCCGACACACGGAGAAAACAUGGCAAACGCCUACCUGCAAGGAGUAGAGAUCUCAGCCUCUCAGUUCCUGGAUAUAUUUCACCAUUAUGACAACGAUGGUAAUGGAUAUAUCGAGGGGAAGGAGUUGCAGAAUUUUAUCAAAGAACUUCAGCAAGCUCGAAAACAAGCAGGACUGGAACUAACAGACAAAAUGAAGGCCUUUGUGGAGAAAUAUGAGCAAAACGCUGAUGGAAAAAUAGGUAUCAUUGAGCUGGUUCAAAUACUCCCUACAGAGGAAAACUUCUUAUUAUUUUUCAGACAACAGCUGAAAUCCUGUGCAGAGUUUAUGGAGAUUUAUGACGCUGAUCACAGUGGAUACAAAGCUGACGAACUUAAGAAUUUUUUGAAAGACCUGCUCCAGAGAGCUAAAAAACCAUAUGAUGAGAAGAAAUUAGAGGAGUACACACUAACUACGCUGAAAAUUUUCGAUUCAAAUAAGGAUGGGAAAUUAUGUCUGUCAGAAAUGGCACGACUGUUACCGGACCAGGAGAACUUUCUACUUAAAUUUCAGGGGGUUAAAAUGGCCAGAAAAGAGUUCAACAAGAUUUUUGAGUUAUACGAUCAGGACAGGAACGGUUACAUGGACGAGAAUGAGCUUGACGCCCUCCUCAAAGACCUUUGUGAGAAAAACAAGAAGGUUCUAGAAGUCAACAAAAUCCCGACGUAUAAGAGCGCCAUCAUGGCUCUGUCUGAUGGUGGCAAGCUCUACAGAACAGAGUUAGCGUUGGUGUUGUGCGCAGAUGAGAUGUGAACACUUCCGUCUGUACACAUUAUCCCAGAACCCCAUCCUCAGCUCGUCUGUGACGCGUAAAAUAGCUAGAACCCUCUUAUGUUCUUUCAUUUUGGACAUGGAUUUCACAUAGACAGGCAACCCUGUGGCACAUACUUUUCAAUUUGUUGUUUCUAUACGGUUUCUAAGUGUACAGAUUUUUUAACAAUGGCACACGUACAAUACUUACAACCUACACUGCAUACAUGAACAUGAUAUUUCCCUUAACAAAAGAAGAGACCCAACAUGCUUACAAAUCGCCCAUCUCGAUUCAAUAUAAAAAAAAUCCACCAAUUCAGUAUUGAUUUAUCUUACAAUAUCUUAGACAAAAGCAAUAAUGUCCUCAAGGAAUGCUGACGAAACACGGCCUGUUGGUGGGAUCUAUGUAAAAC